AAUGGAAUCCAGGAAAAAAAGCAAAUAGUAUUUUUAAGCUAUAAAAAUGGUGGAACUUUGAUUGCUUCAUACCAGUAGUAGAUCGUAGUAUAAACAAUGACUUCUGCAGCUCUGUCUUCCUCCAUAAACCUUCAGGCGAACCAUUUUGGGUUUGGCAGCAACUGCAGCUUUAGGCCACAAAGAAGAAAAUCAUGUUUCAGUGUUCCUCAGGAAACAAGCAUCGAACCAGAGAACAAUCAAGACAAAACAAGCAAAAAACAAAGUACUAAGGCAACAUUUGCAGAUUCUCCAAGCUCCCCCCCACUGAUCAAUGCACUGAAAGCUUCAGCUGAGCGAAACGCAGCUCGUUUUCACUUCCCGGGGCAUAACGGAGGGCGAGCGGCACCAUCUUCAUUAACUCAGCUUAUUGGUCUUAAACCAUUUAUGCAUGAUUUAACUCAAAUUCCUGAGCUGGACAAUUUAUUUCAUCCUAAGGGCCCAGUUUUAGAAGCAAUGCAGGAAGCGGCAAAGCUUUUUGGAGCAUCAGAGACAUGGUUCCUAGUUGGAGGAACCACAUGUGGAAUUCAAGCUGCAAUUAUGGCAACUUGUUCCCCAGGAGAACAUAUAAUCCUUCCAAGAAGUUCCCAUUCGUCAGUCGUAUCUGCUUUAGUGUUUUCUGGUGCAAUACCUAGAUACAUCAUGCCGGAGUAUGAUUCCAAUUGGGACAUUGCUGGUGGAGUAACUCCAUCACAGAUAGAUAGGGCAAUCAAGGAGUCAAAGACGGAGGGUCAAAAAGUAUCUGCUGUCUUUGUUACUUCACCUACUUAUCAUGGCAUCUGCAGUGACCUGAGUGAGAUUUCUCAAAUAUGUCAUUCUCAUGGAAUUCCUUUGAUUGUGGAUGAGGCUCAUGGGGCACACUUUGGGUUUGAACCUCAACUACCUCAUUCAGCACUCAAGCAAGGGGCUGAUUUGGUUGCUCAAUCCACCCACAAAGUUCUCUGCUCUCUUACUCAGUCAUCAAUGUUGCACAUGUCAGGGAAUAUUGUAGACAGAGAAAGAGUUUGUAGAUGUUUGGAAGCAGUUCAAAGCACUAGCCCCAGUUAUCUACUUUUAGCAUCAUUAGAUGCUGCCAGAGCUCAACUAAGUGAUAAUCGAAACAAAAUUUUCACCAAAGCAAUAGCUUUAGCCAAUCAAGCAAAAGAAUGUAUAAAGAAAAUUUCAGGUAUAUCUAUCCUAGAAUUUCCCAUCUUCUCUAACUUCCCUGCAAGUGAUCCAUUGAGACUCACUGUUGGUUUCCAGCAACUCGGCCUGUCUGGCUAUGAAGCAGACAAAAUGCUAUACAAGAAUCAUGACAUCGUUUGUGAACUUUUUGGGACCCAAUCUAUUACUUACGCCAUUAACCUUGGAACAUGUGAAGGCGAUAUUCGAAGGCUUGUAUCAGGCAUUGAGGAUGUAAGUUCUUUUGCAUCCAUUUUAGAAAUUGAAGGAAGCAACAAACUUAGUGUUUCUACUCCCUUUCUGGAUAUCAAAUUCAGCUUGAAUCCUAGAGAUGCAUUUUUUGCCAAAAAAAGGAGGGUGAAGAUUGAAGAGUGUGUGGGAAAGGUGUCUGGGGAGCUAUUAAGUCCAUACCCCCCAGCAAUACCAGUAAUAUUCCCAGGUGAGGUUAUAUCUAAGGAAGCUUUGGAAUAUCUGAUGCUUCUAAAAAGCAAAGGUGCCUCUAUAAGUGGUGCAUCUGAUCCCCAACUAACAUCACUACUUGUAUGCAAUGUGUAGGAGAAAGUGCAAAAUGGCUUAUGAAAUCAAUAUUUCGUUUAACUCCUGAUGGUUGGAGUAGUCUGUAGCAGGAAUCAUAUAAAUUUGCAUCGUUUUUUAGUAUCUGUAUUGCAGGGAAGUAUGGUAUGAGGGUAACAGUUGUUGAUCAUUAUCUGUAAUGGACAAUGCAUUGGAGAUCAUUUAGGACAUUUGGUCACA